CUGAAUAUAUCUGAGCUAAGAUGAAACUGAAACUAUUGAGCAUCAGAACAUCAGCAGCAGCAGGAGCAACCAGAAGAGACCAAACAUGAGUGAUACAACUCAUCUUUUUGAGGAAAUGGAGGUGACUGGAGCAGCUGCAGCUGGAUCAGAAACCCAAGAACCAGUGGAACCAGUUCUCAGGAUGGUUCUAGUUGGGAAAACUGGAGCCGGAAAAAGUGCAGCAGGAAACACCAUAUUAGGAGAGAAAAUAUUUAAAUCUCAGCUCAACUCUUCAGCGAUUACAAAGGAGUGUCAAAAAGAAAUCCGAGUGUUCAAUGGUCAAAUGCUAAGUGUGGUUGAUACUCCAGGUCUGUUCGAUAUCUUUGAAAGUGAACAGAAAAUAAAAACAGAAAUCCUCAAAUGCAUCUCAUUUGCUGCUCCUGGUCCUCAUGUUUUCCUGGUGGUGAUCCAGCCAAACAGAUUCACACCAGAAGAAAAAAAAACGGUGGAAAUCAUCCAGGGGAUUUUUGGAGCAGACUCCAAAGAUUACACUCUGGUUUUAUUCACUCAUGGAGACGAUCUGGAUGAGGAAGAUGUCUCCAUUGAAACAAUCAUCGAUGGCAACAAGGCCCUGAAGAAUUUCAUUGAUCAAUGCGGUAAAAGAUACCAUGUGUUCAACAAUAGAGCUAAAGAUCCAGAUCAGGUCACAGAGCUUAUCAAAAAGAUCAACAAGAUGGGUGAGAAAAAUGGAGGAAAGAGAAAAUAUUACACCAACCAGAUGCUGCAAGCAGCAGAGAAAGCUAUAAAGGAAGAAAUGGAAAAACAGCAGAAGGAAAAUCCAAACAUGAGUUCUGAUGAAGCAAGAAGAAAGGCUGAGAAAGUCAACGCCUUCAUCCAUGGAGUUUUGGCUGCUGUUGGGGUUGUUGCUGUUGGAGCUGUUGUUGCUGUUGGGGUUAUGAAUCCAUAUGCUACUGCAGCAGUCCUAGAAAACACUGCAGGUCCUCUACAGGCUGCAGUAAUGGCUGCAUUGCAGAAGAAAUUCUGCAGAAUUCAGUGAAAAUGGACGCUCUCAACUCAUCUGAAGGUUGUUACAGAAAUAAUUCACAAAAUCAAAGUAUCACUAUUUAAUCACUGACGUUUUUAAACUUUUCAUUUUCGGGGUUAUUUAAGUUUCAUUCAGCUUGUCUGUAUAAUCAUCACUGCUUACUAAACAUGUGAUUUUCCUGGGUGACCUGCGUUGGGGUCAACAGUUGAGCCUAAUUCCGAAUCAUUGGACACUCGGUCCGCUCCACCGCAGUAAGGUGGCGAUGAUCCUGCAGAGCUGCUGCUUCUCCACACUGAGAGGAGCCAGGUGGUUCAGAUGGUGAGGUGUUCAGGUCCCGCUGGGAGGAGACCCAGAGGAAGACCAGCACAAUGUUCCUCUGCAGGAAACACCUUGGAUAGAAACCUGUAAACUAAUCUAAACUGAAAUAAACUGAGUGAGAGGUCAGGUUCCUCCUGGUCAGCAAGGUUUUCUGCUCAUCUGAUUCAGGCGUGUUGGAGAGCUGCAUGACGGUGCUGCAGAUCCCUGAUUACAGAAAUAAUGAAGAUGAAAGAAAUGAUUGAUGGUUUUAUGAUGGCACUGAUAAAAUGUUGUAUUGACUACUUGUUCAUCCUAUGUUCUUAAUCAAAUAGUUUAUUUUCUCAUGUUUUUAUCAUGUAAAACACUUUAACCUGCCGUGUUGCUGAGAUGUUUGGCACAAUAAACUGGAACUAAAUCAGCUGA